GCAAGCGGCUGCUUUGGGUGAUGGAUGGGGAAAUGGCCUGUGUUGGGUCCGCGGUGGGUCACAGCCUGUCCCUGGGUGUCCCUGGGCGGCUGGAGGGCUCCCAGGGAGGGGCUGGGGACAGCCCAGCUCUGCCCCACUGACCUGGGGAGGGCACUGGGGGAGACUGGACCCCCCUCUGUGAGUCUGAGCCAUGGGCUUGGCUCUGGCUGCUCCGUGCUUGGCUACCUGGCUUGGUGGGUGCUGCCUGGCUUGGUGGGUGCUGCCUGGUGUCUCCAUCACCGAGCAAAACCCAGCUCUGCUGCCAUGACCAGCCCCACCGGGAGAGCAGGCGGGAUGGGAAGAAGCUUCUCCUUGUCUCUCACCAGUCAGUUUGGGAUGUGGGAUCCCCAUCCCAGCACACACAAGACUCUGAAACCCUUCUCAGCAGGGCCAGUGCCAGCUUGGAGCCUCGGUGCUCCAUCCCAGGCUCUUUCCUCAUCUUUUCCUCCUGGGUCAUGGGUGCUCCUUCUCCAGGAGACCUGCCUAAGGCGCCUUAGCGAAGCUCUUCCAUUAAUCUCUGACGUGGUGGCGUUAAUGGCCCUGAUCUGUUAAUGCGGUAAGCUGUGAGCCUCUUUCCCACCUUCGCCAAGACAAGGUGGAUGGAAAAAGUCAAUGCUGUCUUGCGGAUGGAUGAAUGAACAGAGGAAUGAAUGACUGAGGCGUGGGAGCUGGAGGGCAGGGGCGGGAGGCCGAGGGCGUGGGGGGGAUGAGCGGUGUCCUGGUCGCUGCCCCGCUGAGCUCUCUGAACUGGGACGUGCUGAGAGUAAGUGGGUCACAUAAACCUUGGGUGUCCUGGGACGAGGAAUCCCCACCCGAGGGCCGUGGCUCUCAGACGUGUCUCACUGCACGUCCUGUGGAACUGCCGCUCAUUGAAUUCCUGGUCCAGGUCUUUUCUCGUCUGAACACAAGCUCUUACUUGAGAAGCUCAGGAGUUUCUUGUUGAGGACCCAUGGCCUGCUCGCAAAGCUUUCCCUGAGGCGUUUCCUGCCUCUCCUGCCUGCAGUCAGGCUUCUGGAUGCACGCAAGUUAGACAGUUUUUGCAGAAUUUGUUGAACAUUAAAGGAGAGGCCAGAAAAGCUAAUACACAAACAGACAGGUACAGACGUGCAUCUCGGUGCCGGUGUCCCUCUCAGCGUCCGUGGCAGAAAUCAACCCUUUUCAGCUAAAAGAUUUUGCUAUGAUGGUCCAGCUCUAAAGACUGAGAGCGUGCUGUCGGGGGCGGCAGCUGAGAGCUCCGGGCCUUUCCCGGGUUUUGUGGAUGAACACGGCUGUCUCAUGGGAAAGUCAAUUUUCAUCUCCCAGAAAGUAAUUUGCACCUCCCGUCCCUGGGAGACUUUCUGCCACGUCUUUGCGGUGUCCGGUCUGUCCUGGAGCUGUACAAAUGAAGCGGAGCUGUGGGCAGAGGGGGCGAAAUGCGUCUGGUUUGGGUGCUGGGGGAGCAGAUCAGCAGCAUUUUGUGCACGGAGGCUUUUCCUGAAUCGUGGCCUCUCUCCGCUCGCUCUUCCAGCUGAGCUGUGGUGCACAUGGGCCCUCAAUUGUGGUACCCGGAGACCAUCCAGAGACCAGGACCUUCACCUGCCUUCCCCUAGACCUGGACCUGGGCUUUUCCCCUCUUGGGAGCUGGACACGGAGCGGGUGAGCCCAGGUCGCCCCGUGGUGCUAACGGGGUCUGUCCCUUCCUGGGCCCUGCUUCCCCUGCGAUUCGAGGCCGAGGUUGGUGUCGAUACCCGCGGUGAGUGGAUUUAGAGCUGCCGGCGGGUCAGGGGCAGCCGGAGCGAUGGCCAAGGCCUCGCGUAAACCCGGCGUUAGGAAAAUGACACCAGGGAGGAGAGCUGGUUCCUCCAGGACGUGUCCUGAAUGCAACCUCGGUUCUGUCUCUGUCGCAGAAAUGGAAAGUGAUGGCUUUAAUUUGGUGUCUCUUAGCAGGGGAACCUUACGGGCUGGCUCCCAGAGAGCUCGCAAUUGUUUUCCGUGCUUACUCUACGACAAAGGCGGCGAUGGCAAAAUUCAGGCCUUGUUUAAUGAGAGAGGAGAGGCUUGUUUUCUUUGUGUUCGUCCUUAAGAAAAAGAAGGGUUUUCUUUCCUCUCGCAGGUUUUUUUUUCUGCUUUGCUAAGCUCUUUGAGAUGAGAUUGUCUCUUAUUCACUGUUUGUCAGCACAUUGCGUGACGGAGCCCUGAGCUGCUCUGGGCUUUCAUGUCCUGUGUAAAGCAAGGAGGGAUAAUUAUAAUCAAAUAACUGACUUGCACUGAGCCAAUAGGGUUGGUUCACCGGCUGGUUCACCGGCUGCAGUGACAGGCAGAGCCAGCGGUGCCGGGGACGUGGGUUUCCUGGAGCAGUGGCAGCUGGGACCCUUUGCGGUGCCCGUUCCUGUGCAAGGCUCUUUGCUGCUGGGGCAAAGGCACCGGCGCAGCUUCCCCAAGAGCUGUGCGACAGAAAUCAGCCGUGCAGCAAACAGCUGUGCUUCAAGUCUGGUGAUGGACUAAUGCACCGGACCUUAAACCUCAGUCACGAGCACCAGCGCUGAACGCAAACUGCGCUUUUGUGCUUUGGGCUGGUUCUGUCCUGUGCCCUCAGUGUCCCGUCUGGAGGGGCUCGUUCCUCCCUGCUGGGCAGGAGGAGAGGGGGGAAGGUGCGGACCUUGCGGAGCUGCCCCGGGAACCCCCCUUUUCCCGUAUCGGAUGGCAGCCGCGCGGCCGCUGCGCUGAGCCGCUUACGCCGGGCUGGUGAGCUCCCUCGCCAGGAAAGGGGUUAAAGCAAGAUAAAGCUGGAGCGUUAUAGAGACCAUAUGGAGGGGAAGAAAACCCGUUAUCCUGUAAUUGGAUUCGUUCCCGGCGGAGGUGAGGCUGAGCGGAGCUGACAGGUUGUGAUGGGCGAGGCGCUGCCAGCCACCCUGUCCAAAGCAGGAUGUGUGUGCACAAACUUGUAGAUCAAUCCAUUAGAGUGGAUCAAAUAGAUUUAAAUGUGUGGCCAGGAGAAGGAGGACACAGAUGUAUUUACAAUUUGGUUCGGUGGGCCGUUCCUCCCUCAGCGGGGAUUAACUUGGCCGCGCUGUGCCCUGGUUUGCAGGGUUGCACCCAUCCAGGACCAGGACCUGCUGGUGCGGAGAGAGGCUGUUGGUGCCAUGCCCUCACUGCUUUCCCCACAGAGAAGGGCGCACAGCAGCCCCUGUCCUGCCUUGCCUGCAGCCCACGAGGGGCUGUGCCGCGGGCGUUGGGCAGGAGGAACCGCAGCUCCUGUUCUGCGAGCGGGUUCCCUGUCAUGGCUCCUUCUCCCAGCUCUCCCCGGCAGCAGAAGAGUAGAGCUUCACCACCGCCAACCUCAGCCCAUGUGCGCGGUGUUCACGAGCAGGCAGGGCCCUGUCACCUCCAGGCUUUUCCUCCUGCUGCCGAUCCAGGUACCAUCCCUGUGAGCACUGUAGGAUUUCCUCGGGGAGACAGAAAGUCGUCAGGACCUGUCAUAUACUUGCCAAGGAGCUGAGCAAUCCCGGCUCAGCUGUGAACCUGCACCGCUCCGUGUGGUGCUGUCAACACUUCUAACGAAGUGAUAAACCGGGGCUGUAGCAGAGUAGGCAGGUUUGCAAGACAGUCUGAGCGGCCACGCAGCAGCGCGGGGUGAACAGCCGGCACGGCACCGGCACAGCCGGCAUGUCCCCGCGGCACUGGCACAGCCAGUGUGUUCCGUGUCCCCGGCACAGCCGGCAAGUCCCCAUGGCCCCAGCGCAGCCAGCGUGUUCCGUGUCCCCAGCACAGCCGGCGUGUCCCCAUGGCCCCGGCACAGCCAGGGUGUCCCUGCAGCACCACCACGUUUCCCUGCGUCUCCCAGCUGUGUGAUGGAGCAAACCAGCCCUGGCCAGGGCCGCUGUCUGCUCCCGAGAUCCUCUCUCACAAACCGCAGUCAGCCCUGGCCGGGUGUUGCUCUGGUUUCUGGGCUGUUUGAACCCAUCAGGAGGGGUUCACUGGGAUGCAGGAUCUGGGUGCAGCUCCUCUGUCCAAGCUCUGCUUUGCCCAGCUCAUGGCAGGUGCUUCACUGCAGGCUCAGAGAGGCUUUUGUUCAAUUCCCAAGGGAUGCGAGAGGGUAGCACCAGCACUUUUAUUCUGCAGCGUCCAGCAGCAGCUGUGGCCCAGCUUUGAGAACGGCUGAGCAGCCAGAGAAGUGGGUUUAGGCAAAUAGAAAUAAUCCAGCUCUUUUAUUUUUAAUUUGUAAACCUCAUUUGAAGUUGAACCCUGUAAUUCCUGGAAGCCUUAAUUGUGGAUGUUCGUAGCGCUCUGCAGCGAUGCUUUAUACGUGCUGUUUCAUUUUGUCAUAACUGGGUCAAUUUUUUUCCAUUUCUGGUGCAGAGCCCUUGGUUUGCCGUGGGAGCCCGCAGACUGCCGUGACACAGUAAACUGGGUUAUAAUCUUUUGGGCAACAGUACAGAGGAAAUUUGGGGUUUGCUCACUUGUUGUCUGCCCCCGGCAGGGCCUGGCUGGUGUUCCUGGCUCCGAUGGGGACGGCGAGCAGCCAACCUGCUGUUCCAGCUCCCACAGGAGCCACAUCAGGAUGUGGUUUGGGUCUCUUGUUACAUCCCGGCCGCACUCCAGCCAGCUGGGAGCCCCAUCCCCUCCUUUCUGCCCAUUUUGAGGCCCCCGUCCCUCUUGCUGGCGGUUGGGUGUCCGCACUGCAACUCAUUCUCGUCCUCUUCUUGCUGCCCCUGCUCUAAAGCCUUCCAGGGAUUUGCUCCAGACCAAACGUGUCUUUUCUCUCCCUCUGCCCUUCAUCCUGUAAUUGGAUUCGUUUCUUCCGUCCAGCCCCGGGCUUCUCCCCGUCCUUUUAUAUAACGGCACUGGCUCGGGGCUCAACCUGCAGCCACUGACACCAGGUUUGCACCGAUUCCCCUUGCACAUCGAGCCCCACAUUGGCACAACAAAGCUUUUCUCUUGCAGUUCCCGCUCCCUUCCCCUUUGCUGCCUCGUUGUGCUCCCUAAGGCUCUGCACAAGCCCUCUGAGCGCAUGGUCCUGCAGCAGAGGCGGCAGAUGCAGCAGCCCCACGCAGGUGAGCGAAGCAAUGGUAGGAUGGUCAAAAAACAUUGAUUGGUUUUUUUUCCCCCCACUCUUUUCAUUAACCUUUAUUUUCCUGAGCUCCCGAUCAUCACUGCUUAGCUCUCUAAAGCCUUUGUGGUUGAGAGGCUUUCCCUGAGGUUGCUGCUCAUCACCUGAGCAAAAUAUCCAUGGAUUAAACUGAUGUUUUAUCAAAUUUGAGCCCUGUGCUGGGAUCGGAUUUGCCGGGACAGGCCCAGAUGUGUCUGCAGAUCUUUCUGCCCGAGGUUUCCCGUUGGUUGGCCCAGCCGGGCAGGCCGUGUGGGUUCUCCCGUGAGCGACGCUCCCGGUGGCCGCGCAGACGGGCCACGUGCGCUGUCUCUGGUUCCCUGAAGGCAUCUCACCCUGGUUCUUGUUGCCUUGCGGAAUGAACUGGUGCCUUGCAAGCCUGAAAGGAGACAAAGCAGCGGCAAACGCUUCUCCCCUGGUGCAGAUAAACUACUAUUAACUUCUGAGGGUUUCUGGAAUGAGACGGGCGACUCUCCAUUGAAAGCGCUGAUAAAUCCUGGGCAUCCAGCAUAAUCCAGUUCGCUCUGUAAGGGAAUCUCGGGGGGCUGGCAGCACUGAGCACAGAGGUGCCGUUUCAGGCUCCAGUUCUGCCAUGGGUAGAUAGUCCCCACGGACACGACUGCGAAGGCAGGAGGUCGGGUCCUGGCUGCUCUCAGCCUGGCUCAGCAAACCAACCGCUCCCCGCAAACGGCAUCUGCACCCCGCAAACGGCAUCUGCACCCCACAAACCGCAUCUGCACCCCACAAACCGCAUCUGCACCCCGCAAACGGCAUCUGCACCCCGCAAACGGCAUCUGCGUCCCCGUGCAAGCAGGAAUAUCGUACAUCAUCCUCCCACCACCCUGACAGGGCGAGCAGCCCUGCAACGCAGCCAUUCAAUGCACUUCUCGGUGCUUUAGCCUUUCGUCUUGCUGUGCUUAACCUGAUAUAUUGUUGUUUGAUAUGGGAACAGUAGGGGGGUAAAAAGAGGUAAUAAGAAAACGGAAGGUCAGUGGGUGACUGGUGUGUGUAAAGGCUAAAUUGCUCUUCCAUCAAACCCAAUAAAUCUUCCCCGUGAGUGGGGCAGGAGCCCCUUUGCGGGGCGCUGGGUGCUUUCCCUGCGCAGGCCGGGGCUCGGCGGCGCGGCUCUGACCGUCAGCCCACCGCGGCGCCCGAGGGCCCGGCCGCCCCCGGCCCGCGCUGCUGCUGAGACCGCAGCUCUGCCGUGCCUAGAAGUGUUCCCGAGCCUGCAAGCGGAAACCCGCUGCUUUGGAUUUGAAAACCAAAAUGAGAUGCAUCCAAUCUUGUUUUCUCACCUCCUCUCCUUUCUCCCUUCGCUUGUUCCAGAUCUGGGAGAGAACGGCAAAGGAGUGACCAAAAAUGAAGAAAAGCAAAGCAAAGCAGCAUUAUUAUCUUAUUUAUUUUUUCCUUGUUUGAGAGACUAGAAAGUUCUUAUAAGUGCAGAAAUCUGCUUUAUUAAAAAAGGUGGGGUUCUGGUUGGUUUGUGGGUGGGUUGGUUUGGUUUUGGUUGUUAAUGUUGAUGGCAGAUGAUUGUUUUCGAUGGGACGCCUUAGCCGUGCCUGUCUCCUCCACCGCCGGUAGCACAGCUGACUCUGUCCAGUCCAUAGCCAGACACACGUGCUUUCCUCUUUCUUUUGUCUUUCCAUGGAGAAACUGAGGCAGCACGCAGAAUUUCCAGGUGUCCCCAGUUUAGGGGUGUCCAGGCCCUGUUUCCAGCGAGGUUCUGGCGUUUUGUGGUGCAGCAAUCACUCGUCAGGAUUUAAUUGCCCGUGGGGAGGUCUUGCAGGUGCGCUGGGGAUGCAGAGGAGCCCGGCGAGAUGCCGAAGACGGGUCUGCGAAGACGCUGCUUCCCCGGGCGCUCCUGGAGACUCUGGUGCUGAAGAGCUGCAGACAAUGGCGUUUGCAGGUUGUCCUUUCCAAUGCAGAAAGUUUCAUCGCAGAUGGAUGGGAAACCUGUCAGCCAGCCACAUUUUUGAGGUAGAAGAGGACAAGGCACGGGAAAGUUUAGUGCUUUGAAAAAGUGACCUUUCAUGACGGGGAAACGGAGGCAGCGAGAGAUGUGCUUUAGGGAGCCUGCCCAGCGGUGGGACCGCGGAGAAGAGCUGCCCGGGGGAGAGGGGAUCUUCCUGGAGAUGAGAACCUCCUAAAGACCCGCUGCAGAUAAGAUGUUCCCCGUCCGCAGGCCCGUUUCCACGCGCGCCAGGCAGCCGUGGGCCGGCGAUGCCGCGGUGCGUGCACCCGCGCAGGCGUGCGGCCGUGACCCGGCGCGGAUAUAAAGGCGCGAGAUCCAGCAGGAGCACCCGGGCUGGACGGGAGCAAGAAAGGGCCUGAGCUGCCGCGUCCAGGGCUGCGCUCACCAGACUCUCGCGAUGGUUUCAAGGAAGGCGGUGGCCGGGUUGCUCGUGGUGUACGUGGUGUCCAUGCUGGCUGAGCAGACCGACGGCUUUGUGCCCUUUUUCACCCAGAGCGACUUCAGGAAAAUGCAGCUGCAGGAGAAGGAGAGGAACAAAGCGGGGCAGAAGAAGUCCCUGCCGGCGCUGCAGCGGCGGGAAGAGGAAGGCUUCUCCGAGCGAGCCGCUGCGGACGUCAGCGAUGUCAAGAGCAUCCAGCUCGCGGUCCCGGUCCUGGGGAUGUGGCUCACCCCACGGCAGCUGGAAAACCACCGAGAUGUCCUGGAGAAACUGCUGGCGGAGCUGUCACAGGACACCCCAGACGGUACUGCCAGGAGGCUCAUCUCUGCCGCGGGAGUUCUGCCUUUCCCUCCUCUCACCAGCUCGUCAUCGCCGAGAUAUUUAUAUUCCUCAAAGGGCUUUAGUGUCAUGUCUGCUCACUUUGCAGAGUGCUCAGAUACCCCGGCAGCUCUCGUGUUUCUGACUGAUCGCUGCAGAAUCAGAAGAGAAAGCUUGCUAAAGCUAGAAUACUCCACUUAUGUGAACGAAAUCUGUAAAAGAGAUUAG